AGCAAGGAGCAUCCAUGUCAAUUAAGGAAAGAAAAUCACAUAUAUAUUCACUAAAAACAGAAAACAAAAAAAAAUUAAAUUUGUUGCCUUGAAAAUUAAGGAAACCCAGAUGGUUUUUUACGCAAUCCCCACACCAACUUACCUUACCAUUGGAUUUUGAGGCUUUUAAGAGGAAGAAAGGGAUGGGAUCAUCAGCUGGAGGUGGAGUAGGAGCUCUGGAAAAAGAGGUUGGGAAUGCUCAUGUCGCCAUGGCGAUGGUGCAGCUAUUCAAUGGAGGAUAUCAUGUUAUUACCAAGGUGGCUCUUAACGUUGGGGUCAAUCAACUUGUUUUCUGUGUCUGUCGAGACUUGCUUGCUCUCUCAAUCCUCGCUCCCGUGGCUUAUAUCCGUGAAAAAAGGAUUCGACCACCUAUGACAAAACGUCUACUCUUGUCAUUCUUCUUCCUUGGGUUAACGGGGAUAUUUGGCAACCAGCUACUAUUUCUUCUUGGCCUUGGCUACACAAAUCCAACAUAUGCUGCGGCAAUACAGCCUUCAAUCCCAGUUUUUACGUUUCUCUUGGCUGUGAUGAUGGGAACAGAAAGAGUGAAUUUGUCAAGAACUGAGGGUCAAGCGAAGGUUGGGGGUACCCUUGUCUGUGUUUCUGGUGCCAUGUUGAUGGUUCUGUUCCGUGGUCCAGUUGUCUUUGGAUUUAGUGAUGCAGAUUCUGCAGCAAGCGAAAUAAGUGCCAAGGGUCAACCAGAGCCUGCUGGAUGGUUUUUGUCCAGCUUCCUGAAUAUAGGUCUGGAAAGUUGGCAUCUUGGAGUUUUAUGCUUAAUAGGGAAUUGUAUGUGCAUGGCUGCUUUUCUGGCCAUUCAGGCUCCAGUUUUAAUAAAAUAUCCUGCCAGCAUUUCGGUCACAGCAUAUUCAUAUGCAUUUGGAGCUCUAUUGAUGGUACUGACAGCAUUCUUUAUGACCAAUGGAGCAGCAGAGUGGAGUCUGGUGCAGUCUGAGCUUUGGGCGGUCAUUUAUGCUGGUAAUUUGGUGAUGUCCUUUCUUAUUUCUUCAAGGAUAGCAUGUAUGGGCAUGGUUAGAUUUUGGUUGUAAAAGGCUUGGUUCUACUCAGAAAGUUAAAGGAGUCUACUUAGCUAUCUAAAACUGAUGGAGUAGUAGAGUAAUUCCUGUUCGAACACCCUUGCCUGAGUUCCAUCCUACUCCACCUCUUCCUCGUAUUGGAGAAUCUGGAUCAAUUCAUGAAACUGAAAAAAGAUAGCAGGUACCCAUUGGCAAUAAGAGAUGUACAUUAUAAGAGAAUCUAUUACCCUUCACCUGGAUUGAUAAUAGCAGUUGCAAUUUUAUUGAAGUUGAUGAUUAAUUUGAUAUCUUGAAUGUCAAAACUGUUAUACUCUCUAUGAUUUUCUUUUGAGUCUCCAGAUUUAAUAAUCCUUGGAGUUGUCUUUGGACUCGAAACAAAGUGGAAAGUGGAAAAGAACAUUCUCCUUGAUGUUGUAGAUGAUUUUGGAGUGCUAUGACCUAAGAUGGUAACAAUGUCUAAGCUGGGCUCUUGUGGAUUAGACGGAGUCCAGUCCUCAUGGAUAGUGACAGUUUCCUGCAAUUCUAGCAACAAAUGAUUUUCAUUCAAUAAUAUAUGAAAUUUCUGUUUCACCCCAUGGCACCAUGUUAUAUAUGAGAGAUUGGGAGCUGAAAGGAGUUAAUUGUUGACAGGACUAGUAAGAUGUGUGGAUUGGAUUCUGAGAAUUUUUGGAGGGAAUAGUUGUUAGCAAGUUGCUGGAAUUGGAGGGAAAGAUGAGUAGUUAAAGAAGCUGUUAUAAGUCGGCUGUGACAAUUAUUAGAGAGCUGCUGCGGUUAUCAGAGAGCUGUUGUGUAUAAAUUGGGAGUAGGAAUACAUGGAAUAUUCAUUCUAAGAUCAAUAAUAAUCUGAACCUUUCUCUCUUCUAUUCUUUUCUUAUUCUCUCUAAAAUCUUCUUGUUGUUCUUCUUCUCUCUAUCUCUCUCUAUUCUUCUCUAUCCUUCUUCUAUUUCUCUGUUCUAGGGUUUUCUUUUGAUAAAUUGGUAUCAAAUUGAUUCUUGGUGAUCGCAAUUCAUUCCUGAAAAUGAC